AUGGUUGCAACACACAUAGAAUACACCAAGGAAAACCCAUUGAACCGGGAACCACCUGUCAGGGAGCUCGUUUCAAGCUUCAUAACCCCCAGCUCAACAUCCUACGACCGAAACCACGGCCCUAUACCCCACCUUUCCGCCGAUACGCAUACAAUAGAAGUAGACGGCCUCGUUAAAACUCCCCUCCGUCUGAGCGUCCACCAACUCGCCACCGAGUUCCCUCAACAUGAGGUCCUAUGCGCGCUUGAGUGCGCCGGUAAUCGGCGGCAUACGAUGCGAACCAUGCUGAAAGAAGUUGACGGCAUUGAUUGGGGCGAUGCGGCGAUUAUGAAUUGUAAAUGGAGGGGUCCGAGACUGAGAGACGUGUUACAUCGAGCGGGGGUUGAUCAGUGCAAGGGACGGCCUGGACUGCAUGUUGCCUUCUCGUCUUUUCAGGUGCAGUGUGAAGAGGAUGAGUGGUUUGGGGGGAGUGUGGAGUUGGAGCGAGGGUUGGAUGAGGAGGCUGAUGUGAUACUCGCGUUGGAGAUGAACGAUGCUCCCCUUGAACCUAGACACGGCUUUCCCGUCCGUGUUGUCCUACCUGGGAUUGCAGGUGCCAGGUGGGUGAAAUGGUUAGACAGGAUCACAGUUCAAGAUCAGGAAUCGACAAAUUUCUAUCAGCGACGCGACUACAAGGUUCUACCGGAGGAAGCUGUGAACCGUGACGCGGCAGAACCAUUUUGGGACCAGACACCAGCGAUAUCUGAGAUAUCCAUCAAUUCAGUAGUGGCCGUACCUGAGGAUAAUGAGACAGUUUACCUGUCGGAUGUAGGCAAACUGGAGGUGAAGGGGUAUGCGGUUCCUCAGGGGUCGGGCGGACCGGUGGUGAAGGUGCAGGUGUCGGGAGACGGGGGUAGGACUUGGAUUGACGCUGAGAUUGGAAAGUCGGAAUCAGCUGGUGCUGAUGGCAGGGUGAGAAAGUGGUGCUGGGUUCUGUGGAGGGUGGAAGUUGAGGUUGAAACUGGGGAGGGUAAAGAGGUGAUAAGUCGGGCAAUUGAUGCGCAAGGUAAUAUGCAGGCUGAACACUCGCAGUGGAAUUUGAGGGGCGUUGGGUAUAGCGGUUAUGGGAGGGCGAAGAAUCUGACCGUCCGGUACAGGGAGUAAGACAGCUGUUGUCUGCGUGGAAUUUAUUGGUAAAUGACCUUUAGCAUUGCGCAGAGAUCUAUAAUAAGACAGCAUAUUAUUUA